UGUCUAUAAGUAUUCUCAGCUGGUUAGUGCUACUGAUCCUAGCUACUGUUACCAGGAGCGAGAACUAUCACAUUGUACCAGUGGAUUCAACCGACUUUUGUCAGAACUAUCGAAAUGAAACUUGUUUCACUCUCGAGCAGCUUGUUCAAACAGACCUGUUAUCUGGUGGAGACAAUCUCACUUUAAGCUUUCUACCUGGAGAUCAUGUGUUAACUGAUAAUUUAUUGAUUCGUAACUUUUCGCAUGUGCAAAUCACUGGCCAGAACACAAGUACAACUGUAGUUGGAUUUCAUAGCAAUGGUAUGAUACUUUUUGUUAGUAUUUCUGAAUUAAAUAUUGAAAACUUUGGUUGUUAGAGCGAAUUUAGGACCUCAAAACAAUAAUCAAACUUUUAUCAUUGACGGUGCCAAUGAUGUGCACAUCAAUAUUUAAAAACUGCUACUUUUCAGACUUGGAAAACCACCUGGUUAAAAUUGUUAAUACUCAAACUGCAACAAUUGAGAGCACUCUCAUUAUAAACAACACUGGUCAGGCACUGCACAUUGAGGCUGAUGAUGUGUACAUAGCAAAUAGCAAGUUCACUAGAAAUGAUGGAGGUGCAGUUGACAUUGAAUCAAACAAUACGCUGAUCAUCAACACAGAGUUCAACUACAACAGUGCUGUGAGCAGAGGAGCAUUACAAGUGGUAUCUGGUACUGUAGUGAUCACUUGGUGUAACUUCACAAAUAAUAUAGCUUCUCAGGAUGGUGGAUCGAUUCAUGUUGUCUCAGGCAGUGUGUCCAUCUCCAACAGUGAGCUGACAAAUAACAUUGCUGACUAUGGUGGAGCGAUCGAUGUUUACUCAGGUAGUUUGUCCAUCUCCAACAGUGAGCUGGCAAAUAAUAGUGCUGACUAUGGUGGAGCGAUUGAUGUUGUCUCAGGUAGUAUGUCCAUCUCCAACAGUGAGUUGACACACAACAGUGCUGUCUGCUAUGGUGGAGCGAUUGAUGUUGUCUCAGGUAGUGUGUCCAUUUCCAACAGUGAGCUGACAAACAACAGUGCUGGCUAUGGUGGAGCGAUUGAUGUUGUCUCUGGCAGUGUGUCUAUCUCCAACUGUGAGCUGAAAAACAACAGAGCUGACUCUGGUGGAGCGAUUUAUGCCGGCUCAGGUAAUGUGUUCAUCUCCAACAGUGAGCUGACAAAAAACAGUGCUGACAUUGGUGGAGCGAUUUAUGUUGACUCAGGUCAUGUCAUUGUGUCCAACAGUGAGCUGAGAAACAACAGAGCUGACUCUGGUGGAGCAAUUUAUGCCGGCUCAAGUAAUGUGUCUGUCUCCAACAGUGAGCUGACAAACAACAGAGCUAGAGAUAGAGGAGUGAUAUAUGUUGAUUCAGGCGAAACGUCCGUCUUUAACAGUACCCUAGCCAACAACAGUGUUGACCUUGGAAUGAUUUAUGUUUCUCGGUCUUCUUGAUAUUAAAGACACUAACAUUGCUAAUAACAUAGCCAGUUCUAUGGAGGAUGGAGGCAUUAUUUAUGCUUUUGACAGUCGAGUCGACUUUAAUUGACCUACAACAUUCAGUAAUAAUCGUAGUAUGCUUGGAGGAGCCAUCAGCGCUGAACAGAGUCGAAUAUACAUUAACAC